AUGAGACAGUGUCAGUUGACGACCUUGCUCCUCUGGGGCUGUGGGGCGGCGGUUAUUUUGUGGCUGAUCAUGGUCAUGAAGCUCUCCAGUCGGGUCGACAACUCACAAUUCAGCGGUAAGUUAUGAUCUUGUAGGGACCCUGGGUGAAUUUUGGAAAGUCGCGGGUUUUCUGGGCAACAAUCUCAAAUUUUUACGGAAAUUUCUGGCGAGGAUGAACAAACUUUUCGCUCCAGAUAUAAGCCAACAACAACAGCUGAACUCGGCCCUCUCCGAGAUCGAUCGACUGCGCCGAGAAACUGCCGAACUCAAAAAGAAAUUGGAAGCCAGCAAUUCAGAGGCCAAGUCAGAUCAAAAACUGGAAUUAAAUCCAGUCUUACCAGAGCCCAAAAUCAAUAUAAUCGACGGGAAAUUGUACACAAAAGAACAUGAAGUCGAAAGGAGAGAGUUGGAUAAUCAGAUUAGGGAAUUGUUUUACUAUCUCCGAAGCCAAACGGAUUCAGAAAAUGGGGAGAUCAAGGACAAGGUCAACUUUAGGCAACGGGUACUCAAUCAGGUGAGUUUUGAGCUUUUCAAAAUUUCUAUUCGGCAAUUGAUGUCGUAUUUUACCGACCAGGAGAAUUAUUUUCCGUAUUUUUUAUAUUACUGUAGUCAACUUCCCCCUAAAAUUUUAAUAAAUAAAAAAAUAAACUUUUACUUUCAGACGAUCUCCUUGAUGGCAUUAUCGACCAACUUUGGCUCUCUAGUCGACCAAUCAGCCGUUUGGCACAAGCAGGAACUCCAGAAACUCACCGACCAUAUCCAAAAACGUAUCUACGACCUUCAGCACCCAUCUUCUUGCUCAAACACGCGGUAUGUCUGCUUAAUUCGUUUACCUAUAUUUUAUUCGAUGUAUUUUAUCCUCUGAAAACGCUUACUUUUACCAAAAAACGGCCUAAUACGAUCAGAGAAAGACUUGGCACAUGUCCUAAAAUUUGAGUCAUGUGUUGGCUCUCGGAUUUUUUUUUUAUUCUUUUGUCGAAAAAGUAAUGUGGAUUCUUUCAGGGUAUUAGUGUGUGAUCUAAACAAAGGAUGCGGCUUUGGAUGUCAGUUGCAUCACGUUUCUUACUGUCUAACAGUCGCUGCCGCCUCCAAUCGAACAAUGGUACUACAACAAGAUGGAGAAGGCUGGAGAUACUCGAAACAUGGGUGGACAGCUGUCUUUGAAGAUGUUUCGGGUUGUAGAUACGGAGAUGCUGUUCAAGUAUGUUUGAUUUAUUUGUCGUUUAUAUUCUUCUUUAGAAGUCGGAGAAGGUCGAGGCGUGGAGAUCCAUCGAUCAGCCGGACCGAGUGACCUUUCUGACCAUCGUAGAUGCUCUUCACACUAAGCCAGCCCAAUUGCCAUUGUCUUUUCCCAAAGAGCUUGCCAAUGAGUUGCUAACUCACCACUCAAAUCCUCCAGUUUUCUUCGAAUCUCAAUUUGUUUGGUAUUUGAUGCGAUCGAAUGAUCAUAUGCGAGAGAUUCUGGACAAAGCGGCUAGCAAAAUCCCUUUUGGCGAAGGUAUCAACAUUUUUUCUUUUUCUUUCAAGAUUUAGACUACUUUUCCGAGAUUUUUUAUUUUUUGUUACCUAAUUAUAUUAUUUUAGGUCCAAUCGUUGGUCUACAGAUCAGAAGGACGGAUAAGAUUGGACUAGAAGCUGCCUUCCAUAGUGUGGAUGAGUAUAUGAAGUGGACCGAGCUGUGGUAUAAGGUGCAGGAGAAGAGAUUAUCGCCGGAAAGGCCAUUGAAAAGACGGGUUUAUAUUGCGACAGAUGAUCCAAAUGCGGUAAAAGAGGCGAGAGAAAAGUGAGCACUUGUGAUUUCUGAUCUAUGAACUGUAAAACACCCGUUGGUUUUUUUAAAAUAUUAAUUAUUUUUUAUUGUUUUAGGUACCCAGCUUAUGAAGUGUAUGCGGAUGUCGGGAUUGCUCAAUCAGCCCAACUUUCGAACAGAUACACUGAUGUCUCGUUGUAUGGAGUUGUAACAGAUGUCCAUAUGCUCUCUCGAUGUGAUUAUCUCGUCUGCACAUUCAGUUCUCAAGUCUGUCGGGUCGGCUAUGAACUAAAACAAGUAAAGGACGGAGAUGUGGCCGAGAAGUUUCAUUCCUUGGACGAUAUUUAUUAUUAUGGUGGUCAGCAUGGUGAGUGGCGGAUUUGGGAGUUUUUUUGGGGGAGUAAUAAGGAUUUUUUGGCGUUGUUAGCCGUAUUUUAUAUUAUUCAUGAGGACUUAUCAUUUUUAGUUAAAAAAAUCAAAGUUUUUGUCCAGUUUGGUGUAGAUUUGAUUGAUAUUAGUGUUAUCUUAAAUUUGAAAUGGAUUUAUGUUGUUGUAAGACAUCAAUGUUUAAGCUAUGGCCUUAAUUUUACAUUUUUCAGGCCACGAACAGAUAACCUACGAACGCCAUGAAAAACUUGCCUCAAAUGAACUUGCCAUGGAAGUAGGAGAUACGAUAGGAAUUGCUGGUAAUCAUUGGGACGGUUGGAGCAAAGGAAUUAACAAGCGAACAGGGGAAACUGGCCUCUAUCCCAGCUAUAAAACCAGAGAGAAGUGGCGGAUCGUCGACUUCCCGUUGUUCGCUCUUUAG